AUGUCAAGUGGGCGUAGGCACUCUGUCUCGGGUGAUCACUACUCACACAGGGGUAGAUACAACUAUGACUACGAUAAUGACAGCGCAUACGCCUCAAGAGGGGAGGAGGAUGAUUACAACCCGUAUGACCGAAGGAGGCGUGAAUCAAGUCGCCGGGAGCCCAUGAGCAGCGGACGCCGUUAUUCACCAGAGCGACAGCAGCACCGACGUUCUCAAAGAGGAAGAAGCCAGCACGUGGAUGACUACAACCCGAGAGACAAGUACUACCUCUCUGACGAGGAGGAUAUUGGCUUUAGGUCACAGUCUGCACAACCGCAAAGGACACCAUGGGACGAAUCGCCGAGGCGACGAAGCAGGGGAGACGAGGACGACUACUUUAGCAGACGGCGGCAGUCGACGGCGGCUAGCGGCAGGGACCACUCGUCACACCGGCACGAUAGGUCCGGGUCUAGUAGGCCGCAUCGCUGUGGCUCCCGUGAUUACGAUGCAGAGCACGACCGCCACGAAUCAGACCGAAGGGGAAGCCGACGUGAUGCUCCUCCAAUGCUCCGCCGGCAGUCGAGCUCGGCUCCUCCACCCGCUAACCGUUCUACCUACCCACCAUCCUCUGGAGGCAGGCGAGAACGCUCUAAAUACCCACCGAGCACCACUGAAACGCGAAGUUACCCUCGUGGCAGGCACCGAAGCAGCAGCGAUCGUGGAGAUGGCGAUCGCGGGAGGCGAAGCAGAAGCAAUAAUGAGAGCACAGCUGGCGGGCGCAGCAAGAGCAGAAGCAAAAAAGAUAGCCCCUUUUCGGAUGUGCCAUGGUCACAAGCUGCCCGCUGCGCUCUAGAGGCAGGCACCAUGGCUGCCCUACGCAGCUAUGACUCCCCAGGUAACUGGAUCGGGACUAAGGGCGCCCAGAUCGCCACGGCUGCCGUGGGCGCUGCGCUCGUCGACGGAGUCAUUGCAAAUAAGAAGCCCAACCUCAGGGGUGGCAAGAGACAUGCAGUCCUUCGACAAGUCACAAACACUGCGCUGGGCAACCUGAUUAUGAACCCUGCAGGUUCAAUGGUUGAAAAGAAGGAGCCUGUGAACAAGACAAAGCAUGCCAUACACAAUCGCAUGCACCGUGGUGGUGGUGGCCGUCGGCGCUGA